AAUUCUAAAUAACUAAAUACUUUACCGAAACUUGUGAUUAUUUUUUUAACGAUAGUAUUAGUCUUAGGAUAUAUUUUUGAAAAUAAACUGAAAUAUUUGUUUUUGGUGCUUUUAAAAGGUAAAAGUAAUAUAUUUACCUAACUAUGAAUGAUAACAUAGAAAACUGUUGUCGUAUUUGCUUGGAUACGGAAUCAAGACAUGUUUCAAUAGUAGAUGACCAGACAAUUUUUUUACAUAUUAAAUCCUGUCUUCCAAUCAACGUCGCUGUUAAUGAUAAUUUGACUAAAUUAAUUUGCGAAACCUGCGUAUCACAACUGAACGAUUUUUACAAUUUUCAAUUAAACGCCCGGUAUUCACAAGAUUGGUUGGAGUCUUCUUUUCAAGAGAAGAGUAAAAAAUCAACAGAGACUAAAAUUCAAAUCCAACCACUUCCAGACUCAGAAUAUAAUUCUGAUUCUCUUUUAGAAUUUCUCAAUAAUACAGCAAAUAUUGAAGAAUAUCUCAACAAUUUGGGUAAGGAAGACAUACCCUCUAUUGUUAGUAUGUUGGAUAGAACUGAGGGCUCUGAAACAUUGAAAACCGUAAAUAAUAAGUUAUCUAAAAUACCAAGCCCUAAGAAGAAAGAUCCAAUCAGUAAGCCUAUUAAUAUGGAUAUAGAUGUACUAGACUCGGACAUAGAAAUUGUCAAAGAAUUAUUAUCAAAGGAAAUAGAACCAAAUAAACAAAUAAAAAAUAUAGAUAAAUCUUUCUCUUGCUUUGCAUGUAAAGCAAAAUUAGAUAGCAUACAAAAAUUAUCACACCAUUUAAGCAUCUGUGAUAAUGCCUUACGAACUUGUGUCCACUGCAAUAUUUUAUUUGAUUCGAAACAGAAGAUGCGACAGCAUGCCCUUACUCAUAGUGUGAUCACACCUUUAACUUGUAACUGUGGAAAACAGUUUGAAACAAAAGAAAAACUGAUUGCACAUUGUAAAAAGUGUGAAAUAGAUCACAUAGCUUCAAUGGGUUUUGUAUAUUCUUGUAAGCAAUGCGGGGAGACGUUCAGUGAACGAUUUCAACUUUACAAACAUGCUAAGGAACAUGUAUUGAAAUCGGAGGAGCGAGUCUGUGAUAUAUGUGGUCAUACAUUCAUUGGUGAUGAGGCAUUGUCCAAUCACAGAAAAGAACAACAUGAUAAUCCUGAUAACAUUUUAUAUAGAUGUAAAGUCUGUAGUUUCACAUCUCAAGAUCGCAAAACAAUAUAUACUCAUGUCCAAAAGCACACGGAAAUCAAAGCACCACAGAGACACCUCUGUGAAUCCUGUGGAAGGAGUUUUGCCUCACAUGCUACUCUUCAACGUCAUUCGUUGCAACAUGCUCCAAAAUGUCACAAGUGCCAUAUAUGUCACAAAGGAUUUUCAGAUAUUAAAGCAAGAGACCAACAUGCCACGGAGCACAUUGAAAUGGUAAUGUGUGACAAAUGUGGUCAGUCUGUUAACAAUUAUGAUUUAAAUAAGCAUAUGUGUACAUAGCAAAUUGUAUUUUCACUAUUAACAUUAUGUUAUGUACAUUAUCUUAACUCCCUUUGUGUUAGAAUUAUUGUUUUAAAGGAUUAUAAAGAAAUGCGCUUAAAUAGCCGUAAUGGGUCAGUGGUUAGUAAACGAGAAUCUUGACCGAUGAUUUCGAACAGACCAUUUUAAAUAUGCAGUAAGGAUAACAUAAUAACCCGGGCAAGCACCUCUGAAUUUUCAUGUGCUUAAUUUCUAUUUAUAAUUCAUCUCGUGCUUUUCGGUGAAGGAAAACAUCGUGAGGAAACCUGCAUGUGUUUAAUUCGUUCAUCGAAAUUCUGCUACAUGUGUAUUCCACCAACCCGAAUUGGAGCAGUGUGGUGGAACAAGCUCCAAACCUUCUCCUCAAAAAGGGAGAGGAGGCCUUAGCCCAGCAGUGGGGGACAUUUACAGGCUGUUACUGUACUGUUACUGUAAGGAUAACAUUUGCCUUAAUUUUUUUUCUAUAAAUAAAUAUUUUUUUAAAUUACUCCUUACUUCUUAUUCACAAUCUUCAUCAAGUUAAGUUUGAAAACAUUAUUAAACAUAAAUUUUAUUGUUAUUGCUAUAAUAAAUAUUCAUUAUAUUAGGCAAUGUCAGAU